AUCCAAUCGCUCCAGCUUGCUUGAGAAACUCCCCGACGGCCGCCACCGCUCGACGACCCCCGCCCGCCGACGAAUAGGAGUGGAUGAACCUUGCCGCGUUCUCUUUGUUAACUCCGGAGGCGAAGCUGCAAUAAUUAGCGUCGCAUCAUCCACAGGGUUGGGUUAGUUACUAGCUGCGCGCGGCGGCGAUGGCGGAGGAGGAGGGGAGCCGGCACCGGCGGGAGACCCGCGUGGGCGACCUCCCGGAGGCGUGCCUGGCGCACGCCAUCGCACUCACCUCCCCGCGCGACGCCUGCCGCUGCGCCGCCGUCUCCCCGGCCUUCCGCGCCGCCGCCGACUCCGACCACGUCUGGGGUCGCUUCAUCCCCGAGGACCACCGCCGCGCCCCCGUCGCCCUGCGCCCCGCCGCCGCCGCCGCAGGCCGGGCCGACACCAAGAAGGACGCCUACCUCGGCCUCUGCGACGGCGGCGUCCCCGUGGGCGGCGACGGCGGCGGGUGCAGGCUCUGGCUGGACAGGGCGAGCGGCGCCAAGUGCUACGCGCUGUCGGCGAGGAGGCUCAGCCUGCCGUGGGAGGACGGCGAAUUCAGCUGGAGAUGGGUGCCACACCCGCUCUCCAGGUUUGGUGAGGUUGCGGAGCUCAUGGACUGCACGUUCCUCGACAUCUACGGCCGGCUCCCGGCCGCCGCGUUCACGCCGGCGACCUCCUACGCGGCGUACCUGGUCUACGGCACGGCGCAGGGCCACCGCGGCCUGAGCUUCCCGGACCAGGAGACGGCGGUGAGGUUGGGCGGCCGCGCGCCGUCGUCCGGGGCCCUGGCGUGCCGCCGCGCCGUGUGCCUCCGCCCCGACGAGGCCGAGGCGCGCAAGUUCUGGGGCGCCGGCGUCGUCGCCCCUGAUGGCGGAGCCGAGGAGCCGAGGCUGCGGGGUGACGGGUGGUGGGAGGUGGAGAUGGGGCGCCUGCGCGCGGGCGAGGCCGGCGAGCGUGUGGCCCCGGGCGAGGAGGUGGUGGCGAGCUUCGAGGUGCUCGGGUCCUACCCCAAGCGUGGCCUCAUCGUCGAAGGCAUCGAGUUCAGGCCCCUCCAGUAGUUUUGGCUUGGACUGUAACAAAAAAAAUUUAAUUUUACUCUUUAAAAUUUAACCACAAAGCAAAACUAAUUUACUGCUCA